GCGUGAGGGCUCCUGCCGGGCCGCGGCCCCCGCCCCCCUCCCCGGUGCAUCGCGGCGGCCUGAGGUGAGGGGGGGGCGCGGCGGACGGGCCCCCACCGCCACGGCCGAACCUGAAAAGACCGAAAGACCGAUACCAACUGCUGCAGUCAGGCUUCGUGACAAGAAGUUGCUUUUCAGAGGAAGGAGCUGUAGUGCUCUGCUGGCCUGUCAGCAGAUUUUUGACAACUCCAGACCCCGUUUGCCCUCGCAGCUGGGAUUUUGCCAUCCCAAACCAGAUAUCUGCCGCUUCCCGCAUUGAUACAAGGCGGUGUGUGAAUUGCAACUGCCAGCUACGUUGCUCAAGGGCGAGGACUCAAUUUUUUCCCCCCUCCUGUAUAGCCGGACAUUAGAGCAAACACGCUGAGAUGUCUAAAAAACAAAAUACAAAAGAUCCGUCUGGGUUUAUUUUUGAUGUGCAGUCCAAUACUGUGAUGGCCCAAGGAGGAACCUUUGAAAACAUGAAGGAGAAGAUCAGCGCGGUGCGUGCGAUAGUCCCCAACAGGAGCAACAACGAGAUUGUCCUUGUGCUGCAGCAUUUUGACAACUGUGUGGACAAAACGGUGCAAGCCUUUAUGGAAGGCAAUGCCAGCGAAGUACUGAAAGAAUGGACUGUAACAGGCAAAAAAAAGAACAAGAAGAAGAAAACCAAACCGAAACCGCAAGCUGAAUCGAGCCCUGGCCUCCCAGACCCCGGUAAAUUGGUGUCCACUGAAGAGGAGCAGUCGGCAAACUCAGAGAAGGGUGGAAUUAACGGUUUCCAUGUCAACGGCUGUGCCCACGACACGGAGUCUGUGGACUCGCUCAGCGAAGGUUUGGAUGCACUUUCAAUUGAUGCCAGAGAGCUGGAGGAUUGUGAGGCGGCCGCACCAGACAUGCCUGAUAGAACAGCAGUGCCUGAACUAGAGAAUGGAAUAGCAGACUUUGACACAAAAUCGCUCAUCAUGCAUCCUUCCCAGAGCCCUUCGUCUCUUAGACAGCGGCCUGAGCAGAGGAGCGCUAGCAGGUCUCUGUCCAGAUCAACAGCGAGCAACUUGAUUCCUGCGUCCUUGUCUUUAACGCGGCUGGAAGACGUUCCAGUUUCACCCGCGAACAAGAAGCUAGGUUCUAAUAUUGAAAAAUCAGUGAAGGAUCUCCAGCGCUGCACCGUUUCACUGGCUCGGUACCGGGUUGUGGUGAAGGAGGAAAUGGAUGCUUCCAUUAAGAAGAUGAAGCAGGUCUUUGCUGAACUGCAGAGUAGCCUUAUGGAUCGCGAGGUGGCGUUGCUGGCCGAAAUGGACAAAGUGAAAGCAGAAGCAAUGGAAAUCCUGGUCAGCCGCCAGAAGAAGGCGGAAGCCCUGAAGAAGCUGACGGACGUGGCGGUGCGAAUGUCGGAGGAGCAGCUGGUCGAGCUCAGGGCCGACAUAAAGCACUUUGUGAGCGAACGGAAGUACGACGAGGACCUGGGCCGGGUGGCGCGCUUCACGUGCGACCUCGAGGCGCUGAAGAAGAGCAUCGCCUCCUUCGGCCAGGUUUCCCAUCCAAAGAACAGCUACUCCACCCGGUCGCGGUGCAGCUCCGUCGCAGCCGCCUCGCUGAGCGGUCCCAGCCAGACCCCCCCCGCCUGUGCCUCUGCCCCUGCUGCCAACCUCAGCAAGAAACCCCCGGCCGAGGGGGCUGGGGGGAGCGCCGGCGGCCGCCCCCCCCAGCCGGCGCGAGAGGUUUUCCAGGGGAACCGGAGGCCGGGAGGGGGGGCCAGGGCGCAGGGCCAGCGCCCCCCCAGCACCGCCAACCGCCCCCGGGCCGGCCAGGGCAGGCGACAAACCCCACCCCGGGCAGCCUCUGCUGGCAGCCCUGGCCCCGCUCAGCCCCCAGGCACCUGCCCUGCCCCGGCACAGCCCCCCCGGGCCGCCCCCCCGGCCCCCCCUGGGCCAGACACCAAGGGGCUCCCCCAGCGCAAGCCCCGAGCCAGUCGCCAGGAGGGAGCGAACUCCUGAGCUCCCCCCCGCCCCGAGACACUAACAAAGGAAAGUUUACACUUCUCAGUUUUUGUGCCAUUGUUUCCUGGCCCCCCCCCACCCCUUUCCCUUCUAUCCCCUCCCCGUCUGCUUUUCUAUCCUGCCUGCCCCCCCCCGCCCCGCCCCAGGCAUCACCUUUGGCUGCACAAUCCCUGGCCAAAACCCAGCCCCGAGUCUUUUUUUUUUUUUUUUUUUUCCCCCUUUUUUUCUGUGCACCAACCUCUCGUGCUGGCAGCGAGGACGGGUGCUGGGGCCUGGGGCGAGCCGGGGGGGUUGCGGGUGUCAUUCCCCCCCCCGGGGACAGGCAGGACUCUGCUCCCCUCCUCUCCGGGCUGUGACACUUUUCCCCACUCUUCCCUUUUCUCUGGUUUUUAGGUUGGGGUUUUCUUUAUUUUAUUCAUGCCCCCCACACACACACUUUCUCCUCCCUAAAUUAAAUUUCUAGCAAUACCAAUUAGCAGAGCUAAUCCUGGGCGCUCCCCGGGGGGGGAGGGGGGGUGUGCGAUGGUCACAGUCUGUGCUCAAUCCAUGGCUGUGGCUCCCUGGCUUUGCUGCCCCCCCCCCCCGCAUCCCCUCCUUCAACCCCAACUUUUCACGAUGGGGGGGGGGCGUUUCUUUCCCUCUUUUUGACUAAACUUCUCUGGACCUGGUUGAACAAAUUAAAUAAACGAAACCCAACUUUGAGCUUUCAAAA